AUGGAAAAUCUAGGUUCUACAACACGUGAGCGUACAGACAGUGUCUUGUCCGGUAAACAGGGUGUCGUCAACUUGGGGCCUCAGGAUGUCAUAAUCGCCGUCAUGGGUAUUACUGGAUGCGGCAAGACCAGUUUCGUAAAUUUGUUCACUCAUCCUGAUCAAAAACUAGUUGUUGGGCAUGGUCUAGAAUCAUGUACUCAAGUAGUGGAUGUCGUUCCUUGCGACUUCGGAGAAGGCGAGACGUUUUACCUCGCUGAUACUCCUGGCUUCGACGACAUGAGCCGUACAGAUACCGAGAUACUCUGGGAAAUUUCCGACUGGCUUAUCAAGGCUCACAAGUCGGGCCUAAAACUUGCCGGCAUUAUAUACCUGCACCGUAUACCUGACAUACGUGUUGGUGGAUCUGGGCUGAGAAAUCUCAAAAUGUUUCAGAGGCUCUGUGGAAAAAAAAAUCUUACGAACGUCGUUCUUGCUACAAACAUGUGGGAUCAAGUGGAUCUUGAGACUGGCAAGAAGCGUGAAGCUGCGCUCAAGAACGAUCCCGGGCUCUGGAAAGGGAUGAUUGACCAUGGGAGUCAAGUAUUUCGUCAAGACAACGGAAGAGCGUCCGGGCUUGACAUACUCAAAUAUCUGAUUGGCCAGAGGUCGCCAAUGGUUCUAGACAUACAGCGCGAGCUUGUCGACCAUAAGAUGCAGCUGAAAGACACUAGAGCUGGCAAAGAGUUACUGACGGAGGUUGAGCGAGAACACCAAGAGAACCUUCAAAAGGUUCGAGAUCUGGAAGCCAAAGUGCAAGAACUACAAGAGGCAGACACUAAAGGGAAGCAAUCACGGGAACAGACAUUGCAAACGAUCGAAGUAUGGAAAGAAAAGAAGAACUUGGCUGAGCGAAAGCUUGCCCAGACAAAACAAGAUGCUAUCAAGCUACACGCGACCCAUGAUCAGCUAAUGGCUGAGCAAAAGAGACAUUACGAGCAACAGCUUCGAGAACAGCAGGGCAGGCAGUCACUGAGCUUGGACCAAGUUCGCGAAGAAGAAGGAAAGAAAAUCAGGCAGAAUUAUCAACGAGAGAUGCGCAAAAUGUGCAUCAUGAUGUAA